AAGAAUUACAGUUGUGUUCUUAUGUAACCCUCAAUAACAAGAAGCUCCACGCCUGAAAUUCUCACUCUCCCUUUUCGUUUUUUUUCCCAAAAAAAGGGCUUUCAGUAUAUGGAAGAUCUUGAAGAAGACGAAGAAGGCGAAGCAGCGGAAGAAGAAUCUGUCCCCUUCAUUCGUUAAGAAUAAGAAUCAAUUGGACAUGGCCUAAAUCACCCAACCCCAUAAUUGUUUAUCAUUAUAUAUACCUUUUGUUUUGUGUAGCUACGGAAGAAUCAAGAAUCUAAAAGGGGCUAAGAGUGAGAGAGCGAAAGCUUUAAGGGGUUUAUUAUUGAACUGGGUAAGAUGGGGAAGAAUCAAUUCUCGAUUCGCCGGAGGAAGAAAGGGAUGCCGCCGUUGCCGACACCGCCAGUGGACAAUGGGGAACCCCAGAAUUCAAUUUCGAUGCCGGUGGGGACUGUUAAAGCGUCUAAGAAGAAGGUUGGUGGGGCGAGGCUUUGGAUGAGAUUUGAUAGAUGGGGUCAAUCAGAGUUGAAUGAGUGGGAUAAGAACGCUAUAAUCAAGCGUGCUGGUAUUCCUACUCGGGACUUGAGGAUUCUUGGCCCCAUAUUCUCUCACUCCUCCAGCAUUCUUGCAAGGGAGAAGGCCAUGGUUGUCAAUUUGGAGUUUAUAAGAGCCAUAAUUACAGCUGAAGAGGUUUUGUUGCUUGAUCCUCUACGUCAAGAGGUUCUUCCAUUUGUGGAUCAACUGAGGCAACAACUUCCUCAUAAAAGUCUUUUGAAAGUUAAUGGUACUUGCGCUGAACAAGACGACAAUGAAGGACACUUUCCAAAUGCUGGACACUGGUUACCAGUUCCAGAAGCUGUUGAAGGUCUGCAGGCUGAGCUACCAUUUGAGUUUCAGGUGCUUGAAAUUGCAUUGGAGGUUGUUUGCACAUUCUUAGACUCUAGUGUAGCGGAUCUAGAGAGAGAUGCUUACCCAGUUUUGGAUGAACUGGCCAUGAAUGUUAGCACGAAGAAUCUUGAGCAAGUGAGAAGUUUAAAAAGUAAUCUUACCCGAUUGCUUGCCAGAGUGCAGAAGGUUAGAGAUGAAAUAGAACACCUUUUAGAUGAUAAUGAAGACAUGGCACAGUUGUACUUGACUAGGAAAUGGAUUCAGAACCAGCAACCUGAGACUCUUUUGGGAACUAUUGUUUCAAAUAGCCCCGUUCCUGCUGCACCAAAUCUUCGUAGACUUAAUUCAGCUAGAAGCAGAAGUGGAAGUUUGGUGAGCAAUCAUUUUAAUUACUAUGAUGUGGAAGAUCUGGAGAUGUUACUUGAGGCCUAUUUCAUGCAGUUGGAAGGCACUCGGAACAAGAUAUUAUCUGUCCGUGAGUACAUUGAUGACACUGAAGACUACGUCAAUAUUCAACUGGACAAUCAACGUAAUGAACUUAUUCAGCUGCAGUUGACACUGACGAUUGCAUCAUUUGCUAUAGCUAUGGAGACGCUGAUAGCUGGUUGGUUUGGCAUGAAUAUACCUUGUACCUUAUACCACACAGAGGGGUUAUUUUGGCCCUUUGUAUUAUGCCUGACAAUAGGUUGUAUAAUGCUCUUCCUUGUUAUUCUAGGAUAUGCUAGAUGGAAGAAGUUGCUUGGAUCAUGAAAUCCUCUAUUCUGUCAAGGUUUACAAAUUGUAUUUUAUACACAUCAAAUACAUAGCUUAACUUUGCUCCA